AUGUCCGACACCGAAAGCCUAGAUUAUCUCCAAACAGGCUUCGAGCCUUCGAGCCUCACCGUCCCCCGCCUGCGCUCUAUUCUCGUCUCCCACGACGUCGCCUACCCCUCCGGCGCAAAGAAGCCGCAGCUCAUCCAGAUCUUCACUGAUGAGGUGCUGCCGCAAGCCCGCAAGAUUCUUUCCACGCGCGCUCGCGCCCGCAGAACCAGCAGAGGGAUCACGGAUGCCGAUUCUCAGGACAGUACAAUAGAUGACGAGGACCUUAUGCCGCCGCUACCGACACCGAGGGCGAGGAGCACGCGGAAGGCGAGCAGCAGGCACAAGAGCGACGAGAGUGAGAGCGAUGCCCCAGUGUUGAGGAGUCCGGUGAAGAGGACGCCGCGGGCGAGUAGCAAGCAUGCGAGAGCGAGCGAGUCGGAAACGGGCACUGAUCUGGACCAUGGAGUGUCGAAGAGUCUGAGAAAGACGCGGAGAAGUGAGGAUGCUACGCCGGCUCCUGCACCGCUGCCGAAGACGAGACUAGAUGGUGCAGAUGACGGGUUGGGCAUGGUGAGGAGGAGGGAGAGUGCGUUUACUUACGAUAAUCCAUUUCAGAGUGGGAGUUCCCCCCCGUCAGGCUUGAACACUGGGGAGAAAAAGAGGAAGAGUUUGGGGGCUAGUGUGGGCAAGACACCGAGAAAGAGCACGUCUUCGACGACAAGACGAAGAACCGAUGGGCCUCAGGCUGAUGAUGGGAUACACCCGCCGACUUCAAAGACUUUCGAGAUGCCCAUUGGCAUCAUUAAUCGACUGAAGGAUGUGGAUGAUAAUGGGGUGGAGGCGAGUGAAGAAUUUACGCCCGAAGAACAGCUCGAGUUGAUGCAGGAUCGAUCCAUCAAUGGAUUGAGCGCUGUUGGUCCCCUUCGACCCAGCAAGCAGCCCCGCGGAGUGAGUAAGAAGGGACCUCUGUGGGUUUUGGCUCUGACGCUGUUUGGUGGAUAUGCGGCUUGGUACCGACAAGAGAAGGUCGCAGUGGGCUACUGCGGAGUUGGUAGAGAAGCAACACAAAUCGUUCCCUCGGGGGUUGAAGUACCCGACUGGCUCAGAGUCCUCGCCGAACCAGAUUGCGAGCCCUGCCCACAACACGCAUACUGCUCGGGCAACUUCCAAACCCAAUGUGAAGCCGAUUUUGUCCUGAAGCCACACCCGCUUUCUCUGGGUGGCGUUGUCCCACUCGCGCCAACCUGCGAGCCAGAUGGAGAGAAAGUCCGCAAAGUCAAGUCAGUUGCCGACAAAGCCAUCGUGGAGCUGCGAGAACGACGCGCCAAUUUUGAAUGCGGCAGUCUCACGAACGAGGCCGGAUUGCCGGAAACAACCGUCGAAAUCGACGCCGAGCAGCUGAAGAGAGAAAUGAGCAAGAAGCGUCGCAAGGGUAUGAGCGAGGCUGAAUUUGAAGAACUCUGGUCGGCUGCCAUUGGUGAAAUCGAAGGCCGCGAUGAAGUUGUUAGCGUAGCUGAUGGACCCCACCUCCUCCUCAGCAGCAGCUCGCUCGCCAGCCUCCCCAUCGCCUGCGCCGUCCGACGAUCCUUCCGACUCUCGCUGGAACGACAUCGUCUCCAGAUUGGAUCUCUAGUCCUAUUUAUCGUCGGUUUCCUGUACACUCGCUCUUAUUUCCGUUCGCGCUCCUUGAUCAACGCGUCCAUCCCCCACCUUGUCUCCCUUACGCUCGAUCGUCUUGCAAAUCAAGCAUCCCUGCACUUACAAGAUCCAGAUGCGGUUCCCGAGAGUUGGGUCAGUAUUGGGCAGUUGAGGGACGAUGUGUUGAGGGACGAACAUAGUAUCCACAAACGGGAGGUCGUGUGGGGCCGGGUGCGAAAGGUGGUGGAGAUGAACGCUAACGUGCGCGCCUCGCAACGCGAAGGCAGAAACGGUGUAAUAAGCAGGGUAUGGGAGUGGGUUGGUGCUGUGCCGACGUUGGAGAGCGGUGGGGGGGAGAGGAGAAGGAAGAGCGGACGGGUUAGUUGGGGGGUGACUGACGGCGGAGAUGAGAGUCCGGUUGUUGGGAGUGGUGGAGGGGAAAAGGCAGUGCAGAGUAGAUGGGAAGAGGGACGGCCGAUCUAUUGA